AUGUUCAACGCCUUCACUUCCUUCGCUGCUAACACAGAGACCUCUGUUGUGCAGGCAAAGGCAGCACUUGGCAGGUACUGGAGGAAAUCUCCAGAUUUGCGGGCCAAGAGCUUCUCAGCAGUAGGCGGGCAGCUUGGACUAGGCGGAGGCGGAGGCCCAGGGGAGGGACCUGAGGGGCCAGGGCCCAGCCCCUUCUCGCCUCGACCCCCAGCCGGGCCCACCUCGCCAAUUGCGCCCGCGGGGCUGAUAAAAGGCCUGUGCGCCACGCGCGCUCAGUCGGGCUCAGCUGCAGCUCGGCUCCCCUGGGCGCUUCCCUUUUCCCGUCUCCCAGCGCUGCUAACUGUGGGGCCUCCACCCAUGGAGGAGGAGCAGACCUACCUGGAGCUGUACCUGGACCAGUGCGGCGCCCAGGAUGACCUCGCUCCACCCAGGUCAUUGCUGCUCAGCUCAGUUGUACCUGAUGAUGGGUACCUACCUCAUACAUCCAAUUCAGAGACUGUGUUUAAUUCACAUCCUGAAGAAGUCAAAGAAGCAUCUGGGCAUUUCUCAUCUGUGGAUCUUAGCUUUCUACCAGAUGAACUGACCCAAGAAAAUAAAGACCAGAGUGUCAUUAGAAGCAAGCAAGACACUGAAGAAAAUUGUAAAACUCAAAGUCAGCAAAGUAGAUUGUCAUUACCCAGAGAACAGGACGUUGGUCUGGGCUUAAUCAGCGGCAGCACUUUGUUGAAUUCCCAUUCACAAGCGUACGCUGGUGAUGCUGACUCAGUCCAGCCCUCUCCUGAGAAACCAAACUCCACGCCUCUGAUGUCCAUAACUCCCAUGACCCCAGUGACCCCUGUUUCAGAAUGUUCUGGAAUUGUGCCUCAACUACAGAAUAUAGUUUCCACUGUAAACCUGGCCUGUAAAUUGGAUCUGAAGAAAAUAGCUUUGCAUGCAAAAAAUGCAGAGUAUAACCCAAAGAGGUUCGCUGCUGUCAUAAUGAGGAUCCGAGAGCCCAGGACAACAGCCCUCAUAUUUAGCUCUGGGAAAAUGGUCUGCACGGGAGCCAAAAGUGAAGAGCAGUCUCGACUUGCUGCGAGGAAGUAUGCUCGUGUGGUGCAGAAGCUUGGGUUCCCAGCCAGAUUCCUCGAUUUUAAAAUUCAGAACAUGGUUGGAAGCUGUGAUGUGAGAUUUCCCAUCAGGCUGGAAGGUUUGGUGCUAACCCAUCAGCAGUUCAGUAGUUAUGAACCUGAACUGUUUCCUGGCCUUAUUUAUAGAAUGGUAAAACCACGAAUUGUGUUGCUUAUCUUUGUAUCUGGAAAAGUUGUGUUGACAGGUGCCAAAGAACGUUCUGAGAUCUAUGAAGCAUUUGAAAACAUCUAUCCUAUUCUAAAAGGUUUUAAAAAAGCCUGA